GUGUGCUCGUUAGUGACAUUCAGUCUACUAAUUUAUGCAUUGAUCUCUAUAAACAAUCUGAAUCGCACGAAACUAAUUAAUUGUUUGUAGCAUAGUAAUCAUUGUUAAGCAAUGGAUUGGAAGAAAGUGAAGCCAUAUGUGGGUGUAAUAAUCCUACAAUUAGGUAACGCAGGUUUUAGUAUAGUUGCCAAAGCUGCUCUAAACCAAGGAAGCAGCCAUUUCACAUUUUCAGUCUACAGAAACGCUUUCGCAGCUGCUAUCUUCAUUCCUUUAGCCUUGUUUCUAGAAAGGAAAACCAGGCCGAGAAUCACUCUCUCCACAUUCAUCAAGAUCCUACUACUUGGCUCAAUUGACCCGGUGAUCGGCCAGAACGCCUUCUACGCCGGCCUCAAAUACUCAUCACCUACUUUCACCUCAGCUAUGUGCAAUCUUCUGCCUGCUAUAACUUUUCUACUUGCUUGGAUUUUGAGGAUUGAGAAGGUGAAGUGGAAAGAAAUUCGCAGUCACGCGAAGGUUGUGGGAACGUUGAUCACUGUAGGCGGAGCGAUGAUGGUGACCCUCAUGAGAGGGCCUGCGAUAGAGCUGCCGUGGACGCAUAAGUCCACCCACACCAAUGGAAACGAGGGCGAAGAUCCGAUAAAAGGAGCUCUGAUGAUCACAACCAGCUGUUUAUGUUACUCCUCCUUCUACAUUCUUCAGGCAAUCACAUUGAAGGCAUAUCCGGCCGGACUUUCCCUCACAGCGGCCGCCUGCACGAUCGGAGCAGUGAUUGGAACGGCGCUCACGUUAGGUGUAGAGAGGGGCAAUGCCGCCAUUUGGGCUCUGGGAUGGGACGCUAAGCUCUUGGCUUAUGUUUAUGGUGGAAUAUUUAGUUCUGGAUUGGGUUAUUAUCUUGCCGGAGUGGUGAUAAAUGCGAAAGGGCCAGUUUUCCUGACAGCAUUUAGUCCCUUGAGCCUGGUCAUCGUCGCAAUUUUGAGUUCUUUCAUUUUUGCCGAGCAAAUGAGAGUCGGAAUGGUUAGUGGAGCUGUGGUGAUUGUGAUUGGGUUGUACAUGGUGAUAUGGGGUAAAACAAAGGAUCAUAAAGAGGCACAUUUAAACCAAACAUCUUCAAGCUUCAAGGGGAACCAGAGAGAGUGCGUAACGAGGAUGAGCCAGAGGAAGAGGAUGCGAGACCGCGGGAAGGAAGGAGGAUCAGCGAGCGAACUCGACGCCCACCAGUGAAGUAUGGAGACUAUGUCGCCCGUUGAGGAACCGAGCAUGUCAGCAAGUAGUAUUUAGUUAAUUUUAUUAUUGACAAUUGUUUUGGCUAGUUAGUGUUUUGGGUUUUGUAGCCCACGUGAACUUAUUUUCAUUAUAUGUUGAGUCGAGCCCAAUAAGCUCCUUUUCGGGUUUUCUUGAUGAUUCUUUCCCAGAUCGCAAAAGAGAG